UCCAUGAAAUAGAUCGUCUUUCUCACAGGAAAAACAACGGGGGUAGAAACGAUUCGACUGAGAUGGACGACAAGCAGACCAACUGACCCAGAUGAGAGAAGUAUUACCGGCGCAUCCUUCACUGGAAUUUGAUGAUGUGUUCAAUACAUGGGAAUAUUUCAGCGUUAUGAUACGCCCAUGCGACGAGCCGUGUGGAUGUUGUGAUGUACAGUGAACGAUCCAGGCAACCAAAAACAUAACGCAGAAUAUAGGAAACCGCUGGUUGUUUUUGGCUGAAAGAACACAUGGAUACUUUACCACUGAUCUAUGGAUUACAAGAAAUAUGGUUGCAGAAUCUAGAAAGCAACUAGGUGGCUAUUAUUAUUAUUAUUGUUAUUAUUGUUAUUGUAAAGAUGGUGGACACAUCUAGUGUUGACUUUUAUUUGGGCAUCAUAAACACAUUAUGGAGAAUUUCCUCUCUUAAUCGGUACGACCUGGAUAAAAGUCACCUUUAUGCAAGCGAACCGCAUCACUCUCAUUCUUUAUAGAAAUAUAUGAACAUCGCUGUAUAAUAAUACUAUACAAGUCGAAAUUUCGCGAAUGAGCUUAUCAUACAUUACUAUUUAAAUACGUAACUGACUCCAGCUUUGAGAAUCAACUGCUGGUUGACAAUAAAAUGUCUGUUAAAAUGACAACCAUGAAAAUUGAGGGCGAAAUGAUCGAAGUGGGCAUUUGCACAUACGCUCCACAGAAAUAACGCGAACCGACAGUCGCUUUUGACGCGGAUUAAAUGGCAGUAGACGUGCUGAGCCUAGAAACGUUUAUCGAUAAACAUUAAUAUGCCAAACAUAUGCCCUUCCUUGUGUGCAAAACGGUAAAUGCUCAGCAUUUUUUAAACAUUUGUCGACUAAUGGUAAUGAAAACCACAACUCUGCCAUCUCUAUGUUGUGAUUAGCAUCUUAAAAUGGACGCGUGCUUUCCUUAACGACUAUUUAGAGAUUUGAACUGUUUUACAGCUUUAGCGAUGUGUACGAGACAAGAGAAGGGUAAAGUGAAUUGCACUAAUGUGCGAAUAAUUGUGCAUGUUUUGAGACCGCGAGCUGGUGCAUCUCCCUGAGCCUAUGAGAGCUGAAUGCCUGAAGAUGCCUUAAGCCUGCGCAUGCAUGUGUUUAAGGCUAUAACUAUUAUUAACAUCCGUUGCAAAUAACAUCGACAGACCUUUAAAAUUAUCCGAGUUUUACUUGGAUCAGAUUUAGAUGGAUUAGGUCAAGAGCAAAUUCCAUUGCAGGCGAGUUAGCUGAAAGUUAACCCCUAAUGGAGUUUAUGUGUUGUAGCAUUAAAAUAUCAAGAAGACUCAUCUAGUUUAGGCUUUAUCUUAUAGUAACAUUUACUUCAGGAUUUUUCUGAAUAAAAAAACAGGCAACUUCCAAUCAUUUUAAUUUCACUUCUGGUGUAAAAACCCAAUUUUGUAUCAAACAAUCUAAAAGAAAUCAUUCUCACACCUUGAUGGACUGGCUAUUCUCAUGUAAUCUCAAGGAAUUUGGAUCACAUUUUACUAAGAAAACCUUUCAUUGCAACGAGAAAUAAUUCAGUAUCUGUGUCCUAGUCAGAUUAGACAUGUAAGGACACACCAACUGACUAAAAUGGCACUAUAAAUGUUUAGACACAUGCAAAGUGUGCUUUGGACAAUCCAAGCAAUCGGUGAGGACAGUGCAGGGGCAGCCCAACAGAAGCUUUACUUAUUGAUUUUUUCACUCAUCAAGAAGUCCUGCAUUCAGUAGAUGGGCUCUGCAUGGAUAUUGUGUGCAAGUUGACAGAGGGUCUCCUCCAGCUUUUGAGACCUCAUCGCUGAUCUGUGCACUCAAUCAUGGAUCCACAUACAAGGCUGAGUGGAGUAGGAGCUGGAGGUGGUGGCAGUACUGCCCCACUACCUUGCACCAGUAGUGAGGGGUCCUGUGGUCACCUGGUUCCCCCUGCUACUCAAACAAAUACAAAUUCAACACCUUUCCUGAAAAGCAUCAGCAGCAGCCAGAACUCCUCUACUAUUCCCUCCUCAGUGGGCUCCCCAGAUUCCCAUCUACCCCAUCAUCACGAAGGCAGCAACACAUACUGGACAGCUGUCUUCGAUUAUGAAGCUACAGCAGAUGAGGAGCUGACCUUGCGACGUGGCGACCUACUGGAGGUGCUGUCCAAAGACUCCAAAGUGUCUGGAGAUGAAGGAUGGUGGACUGGAAAGAUCCAAGACAAGGUGGGCAUAUUCCCUUGUAAUUAUGUAACCCAACGGGAUUCCAGCUAUCCAGCGUUGCCACCGGAAGCCCUGGUUGGUGGAGAUUCACCACUGGAAAUUGAUUUCUUAGAGCUGAGCUUGGAGGAAGUGAUCGGUGCUGGCGGCUUUGGAAAGGUGUAUAAGGGUGUGUGGCGAGGUGAGGAAGUGGCUGUAAAAGCAGCUCGUCAGGACCCGGAUGAGGACAUCAGUGCCACGGCAGAGAAUGUGAGGCAGGAGGCCAGACUCUUCUGGAUGCUCCGUCACCGCAAUAUCAUCGCUCUACGAGGUGUUUGUCUGCGAGAGCCAAAUCUUUGCCUUGUUAUGGAAUAUGCCCGUGGUGGGGCGCUUAACCGGGCACUUGCUGGCAAGAAGGUGCCUCCUCGGGUACUGGUGAAUUGGGCCGUGCAGAUUGCAACUGGAAUGGACUACUUGCACAACCAGACCUUUGUGCCAAUCAUCCACCGAGACCUCAAAUCCAGCAACAUUCUGAUUUUGGAGCCUGUGGAGAGAGAUGACCUGAGUGGAAAGACUCUGAAGAUCACAGACUUUGGUCUUGCUCGGGAAUGGCAUCGCACCACCAAGAUGAGCGCAGCGGGCACCUAUGCCUGGAUGGCUCCAGAGGUCAUCAAGCUGUCCCUGUUCUCCAAAAGCAGCGAUGUGUGGAGUUUUGGAGUGUUACUGUGGGAGCUGCUGACUGGUGAAGUGCCAUACCGUGAGAUUGAUGCUUUGGCUGUGGCCUAUGGAGUUGCCAUGAACAAGUUGACUCUUCCCAUCCCCUCCACCUGCCCUGAAGCCUUUGCACAGCUGCUGGGAGAGUGUUGGUGUCCUAACCCACGUGGACGUCCUGCUUUUGGGAGUAUCCUGAAGAGGCUGGAGGACAUUGAGCAGUCAGCCAUGUUCCAGAUGCCCCUGGAGUCUUUCCAUUCCCUGCAGGAGGACUGGAGGCUGGAAAUCCAGCAAAUGUUUGAUGAACUACGAGCAAAGGAGAAGGAGUUGCGAUCCUGGGAGGAAGCGCUGGCCCGGGCAGCGGAGGAGCAGAGGGAGCAGGAAGAACAUCUGAGGAGACGCGAGCAGGAGUUAGCAGAGCGAGAGAUCGAUAUCGUGGAGAGAGAGCUCAACAUCAUCAUCCAUCAGAUGUACCAAGAGAAACCGCACGUCAAAAAACGCAAAGGCAACUUCAAAAAGAGCCGACUGCUCAAGCUCGGCAGAGACAGCAACAGCAUCAGUCUGCCAUCUGGUUUUGAGCAUAAGAUCACAGUGCAAGCGUCGCCCAGUGUGGACAAAAGGAAAGGUCAGGGUAGUGAAAGCACCACUCCUCCAGCCAGCCCAGGGGUCAUUCCUCGCCUCAGAGCCAUUCGCUUGACACCCAGCGAUGGGAGGAAGACGUGGGGCCGUACGGCAGUGUGUAAGAAAGAGGAGCUGGGGACCAAAAAGAAGGGCCGAACAUGGGGUCCAAGCUCCACACAUCAGCGUGAGAGAGUCGGUGGAGAGGACAGGCUAAAGUCUCUAGGGGAGGGCAAAGUGUGGUCCUCCAGUGCUCCAAAUCUGGGGAAGUCCCCAAAACAUGCUCCUAUGACAGCUGGAUUCUCAAGCCUAAAUGAAAUGGAGGAGCACUGUGAGUUUGAUGACAGUUCUCCAGGCCGCCUGGCUCCUGAUCUGGGCAGUAACGGAGCAAUGGAGGAUGUGGGCUCGGGAUCAGCAGGUUUAGGGUCAGGAAUAGGCUCUCAGGAUUCAGUUCGCCGCUGCAACCAGAGGAAGAAGAGUGACCUGCUGUUACUAGGCUGUGCCUCUCUACUGGCCGCUGUGGGCCUUGGUUCUGACAUCCUCCAGUUGGGACGACAACAGAUGAAUCAAGAUGAGCAGGACGUGCGAGAGGAGCAGCGCAAGAAGAAAGAGGGCCUGUUCCAGCGCACGGGUCGAUUCAGACGCAGUACUUCUCCACCCAGCCGCACACUCUCCCUCUCCCUGUCCCACAACCGCCAUCACGACUCCAUCCUGCCCAGCAUGGACCCAUCUCCAUCAGUCACCCUCCUGUCCCUGUCCUCCCUUUCUGACUGCAACUCCACCAAAUCCCUGUUGCCUUCUGAUCCUGAUGAUUUUGCCCCGACCCCUAGUAGUGCCCUUCCGGUGGUGUCACCCGCACCGGCAUUAAACCCUCUGCUGGACCUGAGGGCGGAGAGCUUUAAAAGAGAGCCCAAUCAGUCCCUCACACCCACCCAUGUCUCAGCAACCAUGGCAUUAAACCGUGGGCACCGGCGGACACCCUCUGAUGGAGCCAUUCGUCCUCGAGCACAGACGGUUGUGGGGCAUCGCCGGACCCCUUCUGAUGGGAGUAUGCCCUUCCCCACUGCUCCUGCCCCGAAUAUUACACCAUAUACAGGUUCUCGAGAAACUCUUGACAUUCCUCGUCUGCCGGACCCAUCCAUGAUUUUCCCCUCAGCACUUCGGCGCAAACCCGCACCUCCCAUCCCCAUGCCUGAGCCAGAUAGCCAUACGGGCACUCUAGAGCGACCCAAAACCCUGGAGUUUGCUCCUCGUCCUCGUCCCACCCCAGCCCGUGCCCGUCCAGACCCCUGGAAACUGUCUUCUCUGUCCCAGACCCUCAGCUCUUCUCCGGGCAGCAGCUGUGACAGUCCGCUGGGUUCAGGUGACAGCGGUGUCAGUGCCGGCACCGGCGGCGUCCAUCAGAGCCUCCUGGACAUGGACAUGGAGGGCCAGAGCCAGGACAGCACCGUCCCCCUGUGCGGACAACAUGCAAAGGCCACUCUCUGCGCUCAGCAUUUCUCAUAGAAAGACCCUCAGUGGCCAAGGUUUUUUCUGCGUGAUCCCAGCAGACCACAGUCUCUGGCAGCUCCUCUGGAAAGCAGAACCUGAUUUUAGCAAGCGCAACAUGUUCCUGGAUCAACAUCGUUGAUGAUCACAGAACAACAUUCCAAUUAUCCAAUCAGAUUUGAGGGAAAACUCACAGUCUCUUUAAAGGAUUAGUUCACCUAAUGAUUUUACGCAUCCCCUUCUUAUACAAGAUGUUCAUGUCUUUAUUUUGUCCUAAAAUAAAUAGGUUUUUGAGGAAAACAUGCAGCAAUUUUCUCCAUAGUGGAACUCUGUGGUGGAUUGAACAUCCAAACUAGGGAAUUGGGUGCAGCUUUAAAAAUAAUUUAAAGGGAUAAUUCUCCCAAAAACGAAAAUUCAGUCCUUUUUUACUCAUUCUCCACUUGCUAAGCUGAAUGGCUUAUUUUAUUUUCUUAGACAUAUCAAGAUAAGUGCAUAAAGGUCUCUCUCUCCCACUCUCAUAGAC